AUGGGGAAACGACGGCUAACGCUCAAGUUCUGUGUAGUCGGUGGUAACGCAGUGUCGGCUUUUCUAUCAUGGAGGCUUCAAUCAACCAACUCAUGUGAUGUCACGCUCGUAUGGAAAUCUGGGUUCGAAUCGGUCGCUCAAUAUGGGGUUUCAUUUCGAUCGAAGAAAUUCGGGAACGAACGAUUCAAGCCGCGGCAUGUCGUGCGAACGCCUGAAGAGGCCGCUUCACGAGAGGCUGCUUACGACUACGUCGUUCUUUCCGUCAAAGCUCUACCUGAUAUAUAUGAUCUUGGAUCGGUCAUCGAAUCCGUCGUCACGCCGCAACAUACAUGCAUCCUCGUUAAUACUACUAAUACGCUAGGUGUCGAGUCACAUUUGGAACAACGGUUUCCGACAAACGUUGUCUUGUCGCUAGUCUCAAAUGCCGUCAUCAAUCAGACCGGUAUAAGCGACUUUGAGCACGAAGGGUCUACGGAGAUGUGGGUUGGACCUGCCAGCAAAAACCCGUCUAUUCCUGCCUCUAUUCAGAACGAUAUGGCGUCUGCCCUGGCGAUGACUUUGAGUUCUGGCCAAGUCGAUUGCAAGGUCUCAUCAAAUAUCAGGCAGGAACAGUUCGACCGAAUGAUUGGUCCUGUCGCUUUCCACCCAACAAGCGUACUGUUCAACACACCCAACCAUUCCCAAUUAUUAGAGAAAGUUGGCGUGCGACAGUUGGUAAACGACGUGAUUGAUGAGCUUCUGAAAUUAGCAUCGACACAGGGAUGUUCAUUCGACUCGGGUUACAGAAAAAAGGUCAUUGAGAGAAUGACUGCUGCACCAGCCGAAACGCAGACGACUACCAUGUACCAGGACUUUCUCGCGCGUCGACCUAUGGAGGUCGAGACCUAUUUGGGUUCUCCAGUACGUCUUGCAAUGGAAAGCAACAUCAGCCUACCUCGUAUAGAAACGCUCUACGCCAUGCUUCAUCAUGUCAAUAUCGUCAACCAGACCAAACCCUAUUCUGAAUCGCCGCCACCAGGAAUUACAACUCAAUUUCCCCCUAGAAUAGCAUCUGUGCCUCCCACUCAGCAGCAGAAGCCGCCCAUCGCCAACGGCAUGCGGGCAAGCCGGACUUCAUCAAACAUGGGAAUGCCCAUGCCGCCACCUCAACAACGAAGGGGACCGCCUCCUGGUGGGCCAAUGCUGAGACCACCAAGCGCACAAGCCGGGCCAUCUCGCAUGCCUCCCCGAGAUGCGUCAUUCGAUGACAACGGAUUGGAAGAGUUUAGCCACCUCGUUGUUUACGAUGAUAUUAUUCCUUCUGACGGCCCGCCAAAUGGAAAUAUGGAUAUGCCUAAUGGAGGAGCUAACGGUAAUCUUGCCUUGCGGGAACGGGAACUCGCUCUUCGCCAGCGAGAACUUCAGCUUCGUGAACGGGAAAUGAACAUGCGACAGCGUCCUCCUGGUCCUCGUAGUGGUGGCCCUAGAGCCCCGCCUCCGCCAAGAUCUGUUUUCGACGAAGAAGACGAAGAUGAUUACUUUGAUCCUCAAGACUUCCGUCCGCCACCUGGACUAGAUCCUGAUAACAUUGACAUGAUGAGCGUCACUUCCCGCCGAACGAGAAAAGCACCAAGCGCUGGACAAUUGCGACGUAACCCCGAAAUGAAUGGUCCUCCUUCGCGACCUUCAUCGUCCUUCCGAUUUUUCAGUGGACAAGGCGGCCGGAAGAGUACAACAAGCUCGCGGUUGAUCAAUGAUAUACCCAUGACUCAUUCGUCGCUGAUGGACGAUCCGUUGAUGGCCUACUCGUCAAAUAGAUAUGGUGCCGUAGAUCGCAAAGAGCUACACAUGGAUUCGAGAGCGAAUUCGUUAAGCACCGUUAGCCGUAUGGGUGAUUUUGGUCCCGCGGGACAAUCAGGUCCCUAUCCACCUGGUCCUGUCCGACGAACAAGCGGAUCGCCGGCUGCCUUUGGUCCUCCUAAUGGACGAGGUAUGCCAAGGCCAGCAACUGGAGAUCAUCAGCAGUCAUGGGGUCCACCACAACAACGUCCUUCUCCACCAAACAUGCGACAACCAGUUCCUAGAUACCCUCCCGUUAAUGGAAAUAAUACAGCAGCGGAGCAAGUUGAGCAACAUCUUGGGGUGAGCAAUCCGUACCCGCCAAAAAUUUCUCCAAACGCGCGAAGUCUGACUGGUAGUGCGAGUGCCAGCGCGGAGAGUGGUGAUAGCGGAGCGAGUGCGAAUAUAGAUUCGGAGAACUCUGCUCACAGCAGCCAGAUUAGCCUUGGACAGCCUAUACCUAUGCCGGUUCGCUAAUUGACAUCCUGAUUACAUUUAUUUUCCCGAGUGUCCAAAUUUGUUUUGGAUUGUGGUUACAAUAUGACCAGAAGGGAAUUUGAUAUACCUUUCCAUUCUCUGCCCUUUUUGAUUUUCCAUUCCGGCUGCUUCAGUCGACGAUACGCACGUUCUAUUGUCUCGGUUUGUUGGAAGCCCAUUUUUCAUUAUCAUUAUUUGGUCAGCCGACACGGGAGCUGACCCUAAUCAUCAUCUUAUCACGUUAUAUUGCCUACUCUACAUUAUCAUCACCACGACCGUCUUUCCAUUUUCCUUGUUUUCUUUGUAUGACAGUUUGUAUACUGCAUCCCCGGCGCAUCCAUCAUCAUUUUCUUUUUUUGUCUUCUCAGUAUACGACGACUCCCCUGUUUUGUUUGUCAGAUAUAUGCUUAGGGGGGGGGCGGUGUUUUAUUUUAUUGAUACAUCAAAUUCAUGUUAUAUUCUUGAUGGCUAGCUCGUGACAGUCGGCUAGCUCCUAUUUCUAUAUUGGCUCAAAAUCAUGGAGUUGAACAUGAUUUUUCAAUUAAUAUGAUACGUUCUCUCGUAAUGUAUUAAUUGGUCUUGAU